AGACUCGGAUUAUUCCCAACAUACAUUGGCAAGAAGAACAACACUGCAGACGACAUCAAUCUACGCCAGGACCGGACAAUAUUGCUGCUAGGGGCAAAAAGGAGACACACACCUAUACCAAAUCUGGGAAUAGAUCUUGACCUCCAAGCCGCUCAGCCCUACUUCACAGCUCCCGACCAACCAGCAUGACUAUACCGCCCUUCGCAUUGUCCUGAAAUCCUACCCACCCGCCUAUCCACCCGCCCAGAAUACCCGCGUUCAAUCCCUCCCCGCACUGGCGCUUCCGCAAAUCACCACCAUCCGCCGCGACAUGGAGAACCUAUCCCUUCACGAUCACAACAACGGCGGCCAUGGUGCGCGGCGCGGUGGGGGGCCACCUCCGCUCCCGCACGGCCACCGAGGCUAUCAUCCGCAGCCCAAUCCCCCUCCUCAUUCCGGCUUCCCCCACCACCACCAAGUCCCGCCCGGCGCUCCUCCUCCUGCGCCAGGCCAAGCACCCUCGCCCGGCCCUAUGAUGCCACCAGCCCCUCCUCAGCUACCCCCGCAGAUGUUCACGACGGCUGCGCAACUACUAGACUUGACUGAUAAAAAGCUCGUUCUCGUUCUCCGAGAUGGGCGCAAGUUGAUUGGCGUGCUGCGCAGUUGGGAUCAGUUUGCCAACCUUGUCCUCCAAGGGACUGUCGAGCGGCUUUACGCGGGUAACCUUUUCGCAGAUAUACAACGAGGAAUCUACCUGAUUCGGGGAGAGAAUGUGCUCCUACUAGGAGAAGUUGACCUAGAUAAAGAGGACGAUAUCCCCACAGGCUACCGCCAGGCGCCAUUCGAAGAAGUCUUUGCGUUAAAGAAGCAGGAAGACAAUGAACGUAAAAAGGGCGACAAACGCCGCAAUACCAAACUACAAACCCUCGGCUUUGAAGCUGAGCACAGUGGAGAGGUUUUGUUUUAAAUGCUCAAGGUGGUGGUGCCUUUUUAUUGUAAAGUCUUAUAAUUCUUUCAUGAUUUAAAUGACGGGGACCUUAUUACAAUCUCCCCACGACGGUUUUCUUUUCUUUUCUUUUCUUUUCUUUUUUUUUUUUUUUUUUUUUUUUUUUUUUGCGGCACAACAUUUAACCAGUGUCGCACAUGGGAGCCUCAAUUAUUUGUUAGAAGAGGCUACGGAACAUGCCUUUCACGCUCUGUACGCUCCGUUGUUUUUGUUGUUUUCGUUUCAUCGGACUUCACUCUUGAUUAGUUUCUAGGGUCUUUCCCACAAGAUCGAUAUGCGCCUUUACAUGACUACAUUGGACUUCGACGAACCAUGAAUGAGCGUUGGGGUGCGAGUUGAUCAACCAUUAUAUCGACAGAAGAUAGAACAAAAAGGGCGCGUGGAGGUUGAAGAGAAAGAGCUGAUGGGUGGGUACUGUCAGGCGAUGCAGAAUAUUGUGAAAUGCGUCUAACCUGUGCGCGAGAAUGAAAUGGAUGUAUGUAUAUGAUGCUAUAGCGAAAAGGUCUGAUCAGCGGCCUUUAGGGUUGUUGUCUUCGACAUAGAUAUAAAUAUGAACCCGCUGAGAGCGAUUCUCUAGGUUUAUAAUGUUUAUUUAUUAUACAUUACUGUGAUCAGUAGCAAGCAAAACGAAAAAAAGAAUAUCCAAAACAUAUGCAUUUAAAUUUAUUCCAGCAAGCAAGACUAAAUCCAAUGCACAAUAUCCC